CUCCGAGUCAGCUUGGUGCAAUGUCAUGAUCUAUCAAACAGCUUCAAGCUAGAAUCCAUCAUCCCAAAAAAAAUCAAUUGCACGAGCGUAGAUCGUCAUCAGUGGAAUAUCGCAGUCGACCGAGACGAGCUUCUUGCGAUAGUCCCUAAGCGCUUUCGUCUCAAUAUAGUUAAACCACUAGACCCAACCGUCUGGACCACACACGAGCCCGCAAUCGUCCUCGUUGCUAGAGCGCAUGGAGUUACCAUCUGAAGAAAGAAGUUUGCUCAGUCGAAUGGACUUGAAUGAAGAAGGGGUAUUGGGCAUGCGUAUCAAUGAUAGCUCGUCAAAUCCUGUGAAAAGCUGGAACACGAGAAAUUCUGGGUCUCUACAGCAUACAAACACACCACCAGAUCCUGGUCAAAAUUCGCCUUCGUAUACGAGACUGCGACCAACAAGGAUUACCCUUAACUUUCCGUCUCAGACUCCCCCCGCGCAAAAGUCCAGCAGCGCAUUGUUACCAUCUGCAUUCGAAUCUGGGGUGAUUAGUCUGUUAACCACAGGUUUUGACAUGCUACGCGAACCUCUACCGGAGUCAACAACUGCACACAAUGGUGGAUUCGCAUCCAUUGUAGAGAGGUGCAGGCAACAUCUAGCACCUGUUCUUCUUAUGUCUGCCAAAUCUCAAGAUUCUUCGACAACUCUCGACAUCACAGCGUGUGCAGCCAUGCUUACCGAUGAUCGUUGCCGCGUGUUUCUGCAACAAGCUAGAGAUAUGAAACUUCAAAUGGAUGCCCUUGCCCCGCACCCACCGGACAACCCCCUAGUCGUCGCAGUUGAUGCAACCAUCAACAAGGAGGACUUAAAACGCAGCAUGGAUAGACAUGGUGAAUCCACUCGGACUGCACGUGUUGGGCUAGAUUCCGGGUCACGGAAGGAUAGCGAAGCUACAUUGGUAGAUUUGCCAAUUGACCUCGAGGCCUUCUCACCCGUCGAGAAUUCCAGACAGAGCUUUGUCAAGGACAUCACACUCCCAGUCAAACAGAUCAUGGAAUAUGAUGGAGCUCUGUCCCCGCACGACCCAAACCCGGCAAAUGUUCAAAUGUUGACUCCUGCCUCUGUUCCACAUCAGAUGGCUCCAUUGUCGUCGAUUCCUGUGGAAGACAUCGAAAUGACGACAUCUUUAGCACGUCACUCAGCAAACUCAGGAUUGUCUCCUGCAGAUCCUCAGAACAUAGCAACAAGCUCUUCUGCCGACUCCUAUCCGUUGUUACUGAAAACUCCAACCCUCUCUAUACCCGGAACCUGGUUCGGGCGUCAGGGUCUUACUCGACCAGGCAUACUUAACAUUGAUUUUGCGGUGGGAAAUGGCAUUAUUCCCGCAGCUUCGUCAAGUAGCUCCCCCAAUGCCCCAUUUACCGUGCAACUUUCUUGUUUCCGCAGGGAUCCUCGUCAUGAGCUUCAGGAAGGUGAUAACUUGGAUACCACUCUUGACAAAAUCAGGAGUGUGGGAGAAGAUUGGCCUACCAAAGGCACCCUCGUGGUACAAUUGAACAUUGAAAGCCCCAAUGGGCGGUCCUGGCUUCCCUACGAAUUGGAAAAGGGGGCACUGAAUGUGACCCCGUCUAUCACGCAAGGUAGCAACACGUUACGUCUAAUACACCUCAGUGAUCUAUCCGACUUUACCUUCGUUCUGUACGCCCUCUCGCCAGAGCUUCCAAAGAGGGCGGAGCCCUUGAGGGGACGAUGCUGGGCAUCCAAAAUUACCCAGCCAGACUCAGAGAUACCAUUUGACACAACAAAUAUCAUUCAGCAGUAUGCAAACAUACCAGUUAUUGUAUCAUAAUAGUUACCUUCGUACCUUCAGGUCAGCGUCAGUUUAAUCUACGUUGUUUACCUCUUGCAUUGUAAAGUCACGCACGACAUGAUAUCUUGGCAUCAAUAGCAACUUUCCU